UUACAACAAAAACAAGUAUGAAGUCUGUUGUAAUUCUUUUACUGAUAGCGAGUCUAACUUAUGCCAGUGGCUUAUCAUGCGUACCAUGUCCGUCGCCAUUGGCAUGUCCUAAGAUAGGUUGUGUUAACGGAGAGCCGCAAAAGCCUGUCUGUGGAUGCUGCCCAACUAUAUGCCCAGGGAGACUAGGUGAAAAAUGUGGAUCAUGCCAUGUGGAUUGCGAAAAAGGAUUGGUCUGUAGAUACAGAUACGGUAACUGGUUUAAAUUCUGCGGGACUUGUCAGUACUCCUACGGGAAGAAAUAAAGGAUUCAACAUAACAACAACACGUGUAUGAUGAGUGGACAG